UGCAAUAAGGGUUGGGUCCUAACUCAAAUGUGGGAGGGUUUUCAAACUGCGUCGAGACUGGAAUCUGGCAACCCUACAGCAAGAAAAGAGCAGAGCAAAAGAAACCAGAGCAGAGCUGCCACCAGGGAAAGGAGAAUCCUGAAAGUUCUCCAGAGAAGCUGGACACAAGCACAGGAUAUAGCUCCACACACUUGUUUUUUUUUUUUUUUUUUUUACAUGCCCAUCGAAGAAGUUUGCUUCUGCGGCUCCAGUUUUCUGGUGUUUUAGAGAUCGGAAGGAACACUGUGAACACCCAGAGAGGAAUGGAGCUGUAUUGUUUGGAAGCGGAGACCGUGGUGCGAGCCCGUCCCGACCCGAACCUUCUCGGCGAUGACAGGGUUCUGCAGAGCCUCCUGACUAUCGAGGAGAGGUUUCUGCCCCAGUGCUCCUAUUUUAAAUGCGUGCAGAAGGACAUCCAGCCUUUCAUGCGCAGGAUGGUGGCCACCUGGAUGCUGGAGGUCUGCGAGGAACAAAAGUGCGAGGAGGAAGUUUUCCCACUGGCUAUGAACUACUUGGACAGAUUUUUAGCCGUUGUCCCCACCAGAAAGUGUAACCUGCAGUUGCUCGGGGCGGUGUGCAUGUUUCUGGCGUCCAAACUGAAAGAGACGCGUCCUCUAACUGCAGAAAAGCUCUGUAUCUACACAGAUAACUCCAUCCGACCGCAGGAACUUCUGGAAUGGGAACUGGUGGUUCUUGGUAAAUUGAAGUGGAACCUGGCCGCUGUCACUCCGAACGACUUCAUCGAACACAUAGUGAAGAGGCUGCCGCUGCCUGAGGAUAAGCUGGACCUGAUCCGCAAGCAUGUGCAGACCUUCAUCGCCCUGUGUGCAACAGAAUUCAACUUUGCCAUGUAUCCUCCAUCCAUGAUUGCCACGGGCAGUGUGGGAGCAGCAAUCUGUGGACUGCAACUCAAUGGAACGAACCAUGCACUCUGGGGGGACAACCUUACAGAACUGCUUGCUAAGAUCACGAACACAGAAGUUGACCUGUUGAAGGCAUGUCAGGAGCAGAUUGAGCGUGUGCUGAUGAACAGCCUAAGAGAGGGACGCCGGCAGCAGCACAAGCAGCAGCAGCAGGACCAGACCAACCCACGCAACAAAGCUUUGGAUGACCAAGACCAGUCCAGCACCCCGACCGAUGUACGAGACAUCAACUUGUGAGCUCGCAGGAUUUGAUGUCUGGAUCAAAAGGAAAAAAAAAAUAACAAAAAACAAAAACGACAAAAAAAACAAAACAAAACAGCCCUUCAAAAAGUGCUUGCUAGUCUUUGUAGGUUUUUAUUCUAUUUUCGAAAGGAAGAAGAAAAAAAAAGAAAAGAAAUCAAAGAUAUUUUAGAUACAAAAUAGGUAUUUUUUAAAUGAAUUGAUACUGAUGCAAAAAUGUCUAUGGUGCCUCAGUUUAAUAGAAGGGAAGCCUAUAGUAUUUUGCAAACAAUUUUUCAUUGUAUAAACAUAAAAAAAUAUAUAUAUUCAGUUAAAAUGAAUAUUCAAUUAUAUUCAGUUUUUUUUUUUUUUUUUUUUUUUUAGUAGAAAAAAAAAAAAAGCCAGAGUUUAGAGGCUUUUAAGAAAUAGUCAACUUUAUAAGACUGGCUUGUAAGGUACACAAAUGGGGCUUUGUUUUUUUUUCCUGUUUUGUUGUGUUUCAAUUCAUGUUCGAAAAAAACCCUGAGCAUGAACACACGCUCACACACACACACACACACACACACACACACACACACAGGGGUGUCAUGAAGCUGGAUAGUGGAGUCCCCGUUUGGCUGUGGUAAAGCUGAAAAAGGCCCAGGAAUGUUAGGUGAAGCAGAUUUUGAUAAAAGCCUUAUAGUGAGAAUGUGAUCGUUUUUUUCUGUUUCUACACAAAAAAGUUCUUCGGUGUAAAAUUCGGUUAAAGAUAUUUCAAUCGGGUUGCCAGCGAAUGCUAUGUUAUGGUAUCAAUGUUAAAAAAUGACUUCGAAUUUGCUCGCACCGACCAAAUUACAAAAACGUUUGAAAUGAAACGAAUUUCCGAAUAUUUCGCCAGGUAAAAGGGGUCACGUCUUGAGACCAGCCUAUUGUUAUUAAUAAUAUUAAUAAUAAUAUGAUUACUAUUUUUAGUUAGUAACUUAUUGUCUCUCAAUUCUCAAAGCAUGGAGAUGUCAAUAAGCUUUUGUCAGGCUGCUUGUGUGUGUAUGCAUGCGUGUUUCUGUAUGUGGGUACAUGUAUGCAUGUGUCUGUCUGUGAGAAAGAGAGAUAGAAACCAUGAGAUGUGUGUGUGCUUUCUUUGAAGAACCAAUUGGUUCAAGAUGAUGCCACACAGUUGGGGGACUAGACAGGGGACAGAGCAUAAGUCUAUAGUGCUUUUGUUUGCUUUUGAAGGGCCACGGGCUACCUGUAUCACUGCCUUCUAUUCAUGCGCUUUUAUUUUUCUGGCCUGGGACACAAGGAUGAGUCCAGUCCAGUGCACGGGAUUGCGAGGAGGCUAGACAAAGAGAACAGAGGGAGGAGACAGACGACUACCUUCUAUAAGAUGCUCUUACGGUUAAAGGUAUUUUUUUUUAUUUACGUUUUUGACACAAAAGGGUGCGACGGAGAAGGUUGUAUUUCGAUACGACUUCCUUAGCAGUUUUACGGUUGUAUACAGGCGCGGUCCGUUAUGUUCGGCUCGUUCUCGUUCCCGAGUUGAAGCCCAGGGCUACUUGAGGUGUUGAUUUAAAGAGGUGCUAGAAGAGAAUUCCAUAAGGGGGAGCAUGGAGUCUGCAUGCAGUCGCAGAAAGUGCAGGGUGGCAUGAGAUUCAUGCAGGAGAGCUGGCAUAUGGUGGGCGAUCAAGCUGUGUGAGUACAAGGAGAGAUGUAUGCUGCUGCUGAGAUGGACAUACAUUGGCAUACAAGAGAGGAGGCCAAAGGAGAGGAUCAGAUGUGGUUUCGGAGAUCACGUGAUAAUUUAAGUCCUUUUUAUAUAUUUGCUUGUUUGACUGUUGUUUGUGUCUUUCUUAUUUUAUUUGAGUGUUUUUUUUUUUUUUCUUUGUUUGGAUUACAGACCAGUAUCUGAACCAGUUUGAUUGACACUGCCAGCUAAUCAGUGGGGAAGGUAAUAAACAGGGAUGCUUAAUUGAUUAGGGGAAAAUUUGUUGAUCUGUGCAUGUGUAGUUCCUCAGUUUCAACAACAAAGCACUUUGAGCACAUUACUCCCCUUUAGUCACAGAGAGAAAUAGGGCCAUUAUUUACAUGUCUUGAGUAUCCCUUCCCCAAAAAAAGGGAGCAGACAACAUAUAUCGUUACACCAAUGAAAAACCAACAUUCCAAAACAAAAAAAUUUCCACCCCAGGCCUCUCUCUUCUUUACUUGAAAUUUUUGUUUUGCUGUUCAUUGAAAUGUUAAUUGGUUAUUUUGUGCAGUGUAAUGCAAUGUUAAAAAAAAAACAACAACCUUGUAAUAUCAAUAAGUUGCCCGCUCUGUGGCAUUCAUUUUUAAUUUAUACAAAGUGAACUGGUGAAGCUGCUCUCCGAUUUAAAAAAAAAAAUAAAUAAAAAAUGCCUUGUUUCAUAUGGUGCCUUAAAUUCUUAAAUUAGAGUGCUGUCCUGUUCCACUGUGCCUUAACCAGAUUGCUGAAGUAUCCUUCAGUGUCCAUAAUCUUGUCAUCUCCUUUACAAAAGUGCUGCUUCCAAAGCAUGGACUGACAUAAGAUUUAGUACCAAUUCUCUGACUAGGAUUAAGGCAGUACGUGUCAACAGCACAAUAUGAACACUUGUGCACAAGUUGCUUAGCUUGCAUCAAAAGGUAGGGAUGUUGGGGCAGUUUAGCCUUGUUUUGAUGACCAUAGUCUUUUUUUUUUUUUUUUUUUUUUUUUUUUUUGUGGGUGAAGGAGAAAAUCUACUUCAUUAAGUUUUUUUUUGUCAUUGAUCUAUUUCCUCGAGGCAAUUGGGUUCCAUAAUUCAGGUUACUUCCACUCGUUCACUUAAACAGCCUGCUAUCAAACGAUUCUUACGUUAUCCUGUUUUAUCACCCACCCCCCCAGUGCUCUGAAAAUCAAUUUGUAGUACUGUUUUUUUUUUUUUUUUUUUUUUUUUUAAGACCUUAUGGGUGGUCUUGAGCUUGGAUAUGGACCGAAAUGUUGCUUCUUACGGUUUGAUACUGUAUUCCAAAGUGAAGAGGGGGUAGAAGUGGUUGUGAAGAUAUCAAUCAAGUGUCGAUAUUUUUCAAUGAGUUAUUGUGUUUUUUGUUUUGUUUUUGUUUUUUUCUCCGCUGCUAAAAAAAGCUAUGAUUUUUGUUUCAUCUUAUACACAAAAAUAACAUAGUUGUGAUGUCACUUGAGUGUGCUGCUAUUUUAUAAACAAUUGUAUUAUAAUUAUUUUACUGCUUACAGAAUACUUUGAGAAUGCAGAAGUAGAUGGUAAAUAGAAGAUCAAGAAAUGUAACGAGUAUUCGACUGGAAAUGCUCUUUGUACAGUAUGCUCUGAAAGCAUGAUUCCUUUUCUCUUUUUUUUUUUUUUUAUCUUUUGUUUUCUUGCCCUGUUACCUUUUCCUCUCACAGUCUGUAAGUACGGUAUGUCUAUACCUCAGGUUUACUGGACAAACAUUAAGUCUCUCUGUACCUCAUAACUCAUCACAGUUUUUUGGGAGCCAAUGAAAGAUGGCAUACAAUGAUUCUGAUUCUGAUGGUGGGGACAUUUUUAAGUCUUCAUUAAAUAAAGCAUGAACAGCAUAAGGCUCCCACCUGGACUAUAACCAACCAUAGUGGAUGGAGGGGGGGAAUACAAGUCACCAAUGCUUCAAUCUCUUAAGAUUUGAGGGUCUAAGAGCUAAGAUAAGCUGAUAGUCUGAUCUUUGUACAUAAAUUUGUGUAUACAUUUUAUUUUGGAAACUCUCUCCAAACGCAUCUUAAAACACACAAAAGUCCUACACAGAAUGGCAAAAAUCGGUGCUGGACUUUGAGUUGCACUGUGCCUUCGCCUUAAUACACAUUUUUCAGGUGUGCAAAUGGUAUUUUCAGCAACUGGUGUAGUAUGGACUGUGCCAAUAUGAUGGCUCUCACCACCAUAUAACGGUCUCUGUGUUAAAAAAUUAACCAUUUGAAUGUCAACAUUUAUAUGGAUUCUGUCUCCUUCCUCCACUAUGACCUUGUCAUGUACCUCAAUAUGUCUGUUGCACAACCUCUCUCCAAUAAAUAUCUGCUUCAAAGUG